AUAGUCGUUCCCGACGACGGGAUACUUCCUGUCGGAGCGUAUUACCUCCACGACCCCCUCUUCGCUACCGACGAAGAAUCGCCGUAUCCUGUUACGCCUAACUUCCAUCAUUGGGAAUUCCCGCAUGAUAAUGUGCCUUCCCUCUGGUUGGAGGGUCACGGCAUCCAGCCGAAUCCCUCCCAUCUGUACGCGAUAUCCCCCGGCACCUUUCGCGAUAAGGUCCUCGUUCGAGAUGAGUCCUGUCGCAUGACGCUCGCUCGCGGUGGUGUUGAGCAAGCCCAUUGGGUUCCUAUCUCUGCGGACGAUUGGUUUAACGACAAUACGAUGAAGAGAUAUCAUUCGGAAGAGACUGCGGUUGGCGUUCGGGAUGUGGCAAAUACCAUCCUGCUUCGCUCGGACGUCCACAAGAUCUGGGAUUCGAAAGACAUGACGUUCGUUCCGAAGCGCCGACCUGAUGGGACAUGUGGGCUGGUCAUGCAUAUGCUUAGCGCCCUCCACGCCGGGGCUAGACAGGAGAAGCUGGAGCUCUGGCACAACAGGCAGCCUCACACGCUAUACGGUAUUCGACCUGAGUUCGUAUUUGCUCGUUUUGCUUGGACGAUAUUUAACAACCGGCUAUUCUGUAUCUUUAAUUCUAAGCGACCCCAGGGCUGGAGAAUACGUGUUCGGGAGGAUGAUCCAACGGCCGAGACAUAUAACAAGAAAAAAAGGACAAGAGCACCCCGGGUACUGUUGGAGAUGCCAUGUCCUCUAUUGACUAUAACGAUUAUGUGGAAAAUCCCUAUGAUUGGUUCUAUUCCGUUAGUCGUGGGGAGAUGGUGCGUUGGAGCGAUGAGGAAGGAGGGUCGGAUGAGGAUUAUGACAGUGAUGCCUCGAGAGGUCGCAAGAAGGCUCGUUUAAAUGACGGGUCUUCAACCCCUUCGUUAGACCGCUCCGUUACGACUUUGAUGAGUAGUAUUCAUAGUGAUGGUAGUGAUGGUUCAAGAGAUGAAAGGGGGCCUAUUAACGGUAUAAUAAGGAAGCUUCCCGGUGGUGUUGGAAAAGUGAAGCUUCAAGAUGAUUCAGAUUUUUAAUAUAUAUCCGGUGGGGAUUAGGUUUACUAUAAGGCGUUUAUACUAUAAGGCGUUCAUUUACUAUCGCAUUUCUUUCCCCGUACACGGAUUGGAUGUCUCCGACGGAUUCUACCUUUUUUUUUUUUUUUCUUUCUUCCUUUCUUUACUUACAAUAAACUAUAUACUAAAAAAUUAACACAAGUCACAUACUCUAAAAAAUAA